AUGCGGCUCCGAUGUCCACUAUUGGACCCAUGGGGCAAUUGGAAAUUUGUCGUGGAAGAGCCGAUGGUACUUGGACAUGAGACCAGUGGUACUGUAGUUGCUGUGGGCAGCGUAGCGGAAGGUUUUGCUGUAGGCGAUCGCGUAGCAAUAGAGCCAGGCGUACCGUGUCGAAUGUGCACGCAUUGCAAGGUGAGUACUUUUAUGUGGUCCUUCCAGAGUUCUCAUGAGCGACGGGCAGGUACAAUUCUAUGUGGUGAUAUGAGGUUCUUUGCUACACCUCCUAUUGAUGGAUCUUUGGCACGAUACGUUGCGUACGAUGCGGACUUCUGCUAUAAGCUACCCGACCAUGUGACAUUUGAAGGAAGGAGCCCUUUUGGAGCCACUUUCUGUGGCCGUACAUACCUGUCGAAGAUCUGGUGUUCAGAUGGGACAACGUGUUCUGGUACAAGGAGCAGGCCCUAUUGGGACUCUCUGUAUGAUGACAGCAAGAACGUUGGGUGCUGCCUGAAGUGGUCAUCACUGAUCUUAACCAGGAUCGCCUCAACUUGGCUAAAGAAUUGGGAGCUGAGCAUACGAUAUGUGUUAAGUACAGGGAAAUCACCAGCCGAGGUGCGAGAGGCAGUCAUCGAGUCACUGGGAACUGAGCCAGACGUCGCUUUAGAGUGUACCGGAGCGCAGUCAUCUAUCGAAUCGGCAAUAUUGACUACUCGUUCCGGUGGUGUGGUUGUACUGGUGGGGCUUGGAGCGUCACGAAUAGAACUGCCCGUGGUGGAAGCAGCCGUUAGAGAAGUCGAUCUCAGAGGCGUAUUCAGAUAUGUGAAUUGGUACGUGUAUCUCUCAGAAUUCCGGAUCAGAUUCAAAUGGAGAAAUUAUCCGACCGCGCUCAACCUCGUCGCGUCUCGAAAAAUCGACUUAUCUGGGCUAACGAGGGCUCGCUAUCCCUUGGAAGAUACUUUGAACGCCUUCAAGCGAGCUCAGAAAGCUGACGUUAUCAAAGUGUUUAUUAACUGUGAUAAGUGGUAG